CAGAUGUUCUGUGGUCAUUAACAUGCAGAGGACAGAGACAAGUCGAUGUGUUUUGUAGCUGCAUGCAGUGUUUUACUUAUUACGGACGAACAUCUGGCGAAGUAAGGAAGAGAGCAGUUAGUUUAUUAGUAAAAAAAAAAAAAAAAAUCAUAAAGGUAAGACAAUUAAACGUGAUCUCUUAGCGGUAAAUGGCUGCCUCCCAGUCAUCAGGCACCACUAAACGGCGGAACAAGAAUGUGUCAAACGGGGUCAGUGGCAGUGAGAAGGAGCAGCUAGGACAAUGGGGCAGAGCCUGGGAGGUGGACUGGUUCUCGCUCAUCAGCGUCAUCUUGUUGCUGUGUUUUGCUCCCUUCAUAGUGUUCUAUUUUGUGAUGGCCUGUGACCAGUAUGACUGCUCUGUGACGGAGCCUGUAGCGGACUUGUACACAGGGAAAUCCAGUCUAGCAGAUAUCUGGAAUCGGGCGCCUUCCUUUACCUGGACCGCUGCAAAAAUCUAUGCCAUCUGGGUUACCUUUCAGAUUGUGCUGUACAUGUGCCUUCCAGAUUUGUGUCACAAGUUCCUGCCAGGAUAUGUGGGCGGGGUUCAGGAAGGCGCACGCACCCCAGCAGGUACAGUAAAUAACUACGAGAUCAAUGGCUUACAGUGCUGGAUUGUAACUCACGCAGUCUGGUUUGCAAAUGCCUACUACUUCAAAUGGUUUUCCCCUACUAUCAUUUUUGAUAACUGGAUUCCACUGCUUUGGUGCGCCAAUAUCUUGGGCUAUUCUGUCUCCACUUUUGCUUUUAUUAAGGCAUACUUGUUUCCCACAAAUGCAAAAGACUGUAAAUUCACUGGGAACUUCUUCUACAAUUACAUGAUGGGAGUGGAGUUUAAUCCCAGAAUUGGGAGCUGGUUCGAUUUUAAGCUCUUCUUCAAUGGACGUCCUGGAAUCAUAGCCUGGACCCUCAUCAACCUCUCCUAUGCAGCCAAGCAGCAGGAGCUCUACGGUCAGGUGACCAACUCCAUGAUCCUGGUCAAUGUUCUCCAGGCUGUUUAUGUGUUGGAUUUCUUUUGGAAUGAAGCCUGGUACCUGAAAACCAUCGACAUCUGCCAUGAUCAUUUUGGGUGGUACCUCGGUUGGGGGGACUGUGUGUGGCUCCCCUUCCUCUACACGCUACAGGGCCUGUACCUGGUCUACAAUCCAGUCCAGCUUUCUACUGCUAAUGUUGUUGGAGUCCUACUCUUGGGCCUCAUUGGCUACUAUAUAUUCAGGAUGACCAACCAUCAGAAGGACUUGUUUCGCCGCACUGACGGCAACUGCAAGAUCUGGGGCAGGAAACCAGCGUACAUCAAGUGCUCCUACAACUCUGCCGACGGCACGAAACACCAGAGCAAGCUCAUGAUCUCUGGCUUCUGGGGGGUUGCGCGCCAUUUCAAUUACACCGGUGACCUGAUGGGGUCGCUGUCCUACUGCCUGGCCUGUGGUUUCAGCCACCUCCUUCCUUAUUUCUACAUCAUCUACAUGACAAUCCUGCUGGUGCACCGCUGUAUCCGUGAUGAACACCGCUGCUCCAGCAAGUACGGCACGGACUGGAAGCGCUACACAGACGCAGUGCCCUGUCGGAUUUUACCUGCCAUUUUCUAGAAUUCACAUUUUACAUCAGGGACUCCCAUUGCAUAGUGGUUUGAUCCAUUCCUGGUUUUACUAUGAAUUUAAUCAGACACUCCUGAGCUUGUUGCCUGUACAUGUGGCUAAUCAUGCUCGUGGCAAAACCUGGAAUGGGUGAUGCUGUGCAAUUUGAGUCGUAUUUCCAUCCCUGUACAUUACAUUUAUAUUGGAUAAUGAAAAGAAACCUGUGGAAUGCUGAAAGCUUGCAGAUUUAAAAAUGGAUAAAAAAAACUAGGAUGCUGCCAAAUUUAGUUUGGUUUUUACAUUGAUAGUCACAUCCUUUUAAAGAGGAAUAGAUUUAAAAACAUAGUUUCUGUUUUUAUUAACCAACAAUGUAUUUUUCAUUCACAAAUCAGACCUUUGUUUUCAAAUGCAAAAAUCACAUUUACACUUUCAGAACCACGGGACCCUUUAAAAAAAAACCCUUCUCCUAUGUUUGUUUUUCUAAACCUGUUUUUGUCAAUAAAGUGCAGUAGUCAUGAAACUGUUACUGGCUUCUUUAAUAGUGUACAACAAUUUCAUGAAUUUAAAAAAAACAAAAAAAAAAGUUAGAUUAUUCACAAAAACAGCUGCUGCACAACAUGGUUUUUCAAAACUUUCUGAAGUGUUUCACAAUUUCAUGCUAUGGUGUUUAACAUGAAAUUUUGUGUAUAUUUUUGUCAUUAAAGUGUACGCUGAAAUGGCCCUGUAGUGAACUACAGUUAUUUAUGUAAUUCAUAACACAUCUGCAGUUUCAAGUAGCCUGUACAAAUACUGGUACACUUUUGCAGGUGUUUCCGAGAUAUAUAUAGCUAUAUAUAUAAUGAGCAGCAAUUUACAGUCUUGAUUUUAAGAAACUAUGGUACCCAAUUUCAAUAAGUUUCAAAAAUGAUGUUUUUUUGUUUUUGUAUUAAACCAAUGACGUGUCUCAUCAAAA